GCUUAUCGAUAAAGCUAGGUGUUUUGUCUGAAACUACUAUUAGGACUUAAUAGAGCUCAUUCCAUCAGUAUAAACCAUGGGCUUAACUCUGUGUGUAAUAGCAAUUGCCGAUUGAAGCAAUAAGUUCUUUAUUACACCUGAUUUUGGUAAAUCCUUAAAAAUAUAUAUUUGUAGUUGAAUUUUAAGACUUUUUGCUGAAUUUUCUCAUGGUUUUAAACUAAAACUUAUGAUCAAUAAAAUUUAUCUGAAUGUCAGGAUUAUCAUUAAGAGACUUUAGUUCCCUCAGUGACUAGUCUCUUGAUUUCGAGUUGCACUUAUCUUAAGAAUAAUUUUUAAUAUUCUCAAACUUACUUGAAUUAUUGCAGCUGAGAAGCUCUUCACUCAAAAAAAGGCCUGAGGGAAUCACAGAUUCCCUCAAUGAACUUCUAAGUCAUUGACUCAAGGUUUGAGGACAUUUUGUCAUGACCUUUUGUAUCUUUAGAGAUAUUCCUAAUAAGCCAAGUUAAUUUUUCCUCUGAGAUUCAUAAGACAAAAAAUAAGGAAUAUCAUAAAGGAGUACUGUAAAAUUUUCGAUCUUCUGUUCAUAAACAAUUACAGUUAUAUCACAGUUCAACCUGCACACUAGAAUUUUCAGUAUUCAAGAGGCAUAAGUUUCAAUUUCAAGAAUGCACGUA